CUCCCUGCUGGGAAUCACGUGAUUUUACCCGGGCCAAUCAAAUGAGGGAAUCCGGUUUGCACGUUCUUGCAGAGCGCGGGGAGGACAGAAGCGGGCAGCAGCGCACUUGUGUUAGCGUUACAUCCACAUUACCGGGAGAAUCCUGCGUUUCUACAAAAAUGUCAGAAGAGAAGCCAAAGGUACAUGCAUGUCUCUGUGUUCUGAGCUCCAGCAGCACGGAGAGGAGGGCGUGAAGACAGAAAAUGACCACAUCAACUUGAAAGUGGCCGGUCAGGAUGGAUCUGUGGUCCAGUUUAAAAUUAAGAGGCAUACCCCCCUCAGCAAACUGAUGAAGGCCUACUGCGAAAGACAGGGUUUAUCUAUAAGGCAAAUUAGGUUCAGGUUUGAUGGUCAGCCAAUCAAUGAGUCAGACACACCUGCACAGCUGGAAAUGGAAGAUGAAGACACUAUCGACGUAUUCCAGCAGCAGACUGGAGGAGCCUGCUAAAGAUGAAGCACAUGUGAAUGAAGCUGGUUUAUUUGUGCUCUUCUUCACUUCCGCUGCAGUUCAGGGCUGAAAUUGAAAAGGUUUUGGAAAUCUAAUCUGUUUGUUAAUUUUAUUUUAUUUUUGGUUCCAUUUUUAAUCAUCUAAAGACCUCAUUUCCGUUUUUGCAAUGUUCUCCCUGAACUAAACUGGAAAUGACAGUUAGUAAU